AUAGAAUUCGGAGGCAUGUGCAAAUGCGCAUGCGCGCUGGCCAGUCCCACGCCAUCAGGAAACGAAUCAACAAGCGCGAGGAUUCCCCGUGCAUCGUUAAACAUGGACUCCGCUUGGACGGAUCUAGACGUUGUAACUCAGACUAUGUUUGAAAAAGCGAUUGACGAUCCCAAGUCGGCCGAUUUGGAGAAGCUGUCCAACGCGGUUGUAGACCAGUCACUGAAAGACAUCUCCUUCUGUAAAGACGCCGGCCGCAUGUGUUACGCUGUAGUUCAGGCGGAAGCUCAGAAAGCUGCGUCCAGUGUGUUCAGGAGAAACCUGUUGACUCGACUACAGCAAGAGUUCACUGCCAGAGAGGAGACCCGAAACCGCUCGCUGCAGGAGUGGGUCUGUUUGGUCACGUUUAUCUGCAGCGUAUUCGAUUACAUCAAGGUGAACAACGCCCCUCUUGUGGCCCUCGUGGAUCCAGUAUAUGACUGCCUCCAUAGGUUGGCUCAGCCAGAUGCCUUGACCAACGAGGAGGAAGUGGACUGCCUAGUCGUACAGCUCCAUCGCGUUGGUGAGCAGCUCGAGCAAACAAACUCCCAGCGCAUGAACCAGCUUUUUUACUCGCUGCGGGACGGUUUUCUCCUUCAGGAAGAGCUCACCUCCAUGACGAGGCUCUUGCUCCUGGAGAUCUUGGAGUUCAGGGCCAGCGGCUGGACCCUCACCGACACCGCACACAAGUACUACUACAGCGAAGUAGUUAAUUGAGGGCCGCUAAGAAGAUGUUCCUUGUUAACAUUGGGAUGUCAACCAUUCGGUUUUGGCGGAAGGUCUAAAGAGUGCUUCGCGGGAGAAAGAAGUGGAAACCCUGGAGGACUAUGGCAGAGCUCGUGUUCACGCAUUUGCAUGUGUUGUGUUCAGCGUUUGAGUUUAGCUCAGAACAUUCGGUCAGCAUCACACAUCGGCACAGGAUAUUGAUUUGAUGCAAUAAGAAAAGUAUUCGCUACCAGCUCUAAAACUGAGCCACCAGCAGUAUUUCUGAAUGGUAGUUGUCUUUUCUGGUUUUUGUUAUUGUUAGAGGUUUGAUACAAUGUACACUCUUCAUAUUUUUACAAUCAAAAUGGUCUAAUUGCACCCUCAGAGGAAGACUGUCUGACCUUUACCUGUGUUGGUAAUACAGUAGGAUACCUUGUAAACUUUUCCUAAUUUUAUAUUAGUUUAUAAUGGCCUACAUUGUUAAAGUUUCUAUAUGGGUCACUAUGUGUAAAAAUUGUUCAGUCAUGUUGGCUGCUUGUGAGGAUAUUUUACAAAAUUUGAGAGCAUUGACAUUGUCUUGUUUAUAUAUUAUAGCGUCUGAUAUUUUGAUUUUCAUAAAUAGAACUUUUGCUCUUGCUCUCUC